UCUCAGGCUGGCUGGCUGCUGCUCGGGCACCAUGGAGCAAAAAACACCGAAGGCCGAGCCGGGACAAGAAUCUAUGUCCUAUCAACGCAGGAUGUGGAAGAAUUUCCAGGAGAAAACUAAGCCAUGGCUGAGCCCUAAACUGGGAUCAGAGAGACGCGGCGGUGCAGAGGGGAAGAAGGAGUCAGGCUUAUGGAUGUUUAAGCGGAAGAAAAAACAACUGGACCGCGUGUUUUCAUCAUCUCAGCCCAAUUUGUCCCAGUCCUUUGAAGAUAAGAAAUCUUUUGUCCUGGAGUCCGGUCCCAGCACGAGCAGCGGUGCACAGUGCCUCCUCCAGCCCCUCGGAGCAGCUUCAGGUGCCACGGGAAGUAAACCGGAGUUAUCGGCCCACGGGAGUCCUAAACUGCCCGUGUCCCUGAUCCUGCACCAGCAGAAGAGCUCCUCUCUAGGCUCUGCGUGCUUUGAGACACUGGUGGUGGAGCCGGUUACUCUGGUGUCAGAAGAAGAGCAGCUGAGUAAAAACACGAGUGAUUCUGGCAUCAACAUAGUGGAAUCCAGUAAUGCAGAGCCCCCUCCACCACGACCCCCGAGUCCAGCCAUGUACCAGCUGGAUAUCGUCCUAAAGAAAGGAAACAACCUUGCCAUCCGAGACCGAACAGGGACGAGCGACCCAUAUGUGAAGUUCAAGCUCGGAGGAAAGGAAGUGUUCAGGAGUAAAACUAUUCAUAAAAACCUCAACCCUGUGUGGGACGAGAGAGUGAGUCUUCUGGUGGAGAGCCUGAGGGAGCCGCUCUAUGUCAAGGUGUUUGACUAUGACUUUGGACUGCAGGAUGACUUCAUGGGGUCAGCUUAUCUGCACCUGGAGUCACUGGAGCAUCAAAGGACACUGGACGUGACGCUGGACCUAAAGGAUCCACAGUAUCCAGAACAUAAUCUUGGAAGUUUGGAGCUGGCGGUCACACUGUCGCCAAAGGAAGGCGACAUGAGAGACGCUACCUUGCUUUUGAGAAGGAACUGGAAACGAACCAGUAAGUAUCAGAGCAUGCGUCUGUCAGAUGUGCACAGAAAAGCCCAGCUAUGGAGAGGCAUCGUCAGCAUCAGUUUAAUCGAGGGUCGCGACCUCCAGCCCAUGGACGCCAACGGCCUCAGCGACCCCUACGUCAAGUUCAGGAUGGGCCACCAGAAAUACAAAAGCAAGACGAUGCCCAAAACUUUAAACCCACAGUGGAGGGAGCAGUUUGAUUUCCACCUCUAUCAGGAACAAGGCGGCUACGUGGAUAUAACGGUGUGGGAUAAAGAUGCAGGCAAAAAAGAUGACUUCAUGGGGAGGUGUACUAUUGACCUUUCUGUCCUGAGUAAAGAACACACACAUAAGUUAGAGCUCCCCCUGGAGGAAGGUGAAGGUGCGUUGGUGCUGCUGGUCACACUCACAGCUUCAGCCGCUGUCUCCAUCUCUGACCUGUCCAUCAACGUGCUGGACGACCCCCAUGAGCGGCACCAGAUCCUGCAGAGAUAUAGCUUGUGGAGAUCGCUUCACAACCUGAAAGACGUCGGCGUGGUGCAGGUGAAAGUCAUCAGGGCUGAGGGGCUGAUGGCCGCAGACGUGACUGGUAAAAGUGAUCCUUUCUGUGUGGUGGAGCUGAGUAAUGAUCGGCUGCAGACACACACGGUUUACAAAAACCUCAACCCUGAGUGGAACAAGGUUUUCACUUUUAAUGUGAAGGACAUCCACUCAGUUCUGGAGGUCACCGUGUACGACGAGGACCGUGACAGAAGUGCAGACUUCCUCGGAAAAGUGGCAAUUCCUUUACUCAAUAUCCAAAAUGGAGAACGCAAAGCCUACGCCUUGAAAAGCAAGGAGCUGACAGGGCCAACAAAAGGGGUCAUCUUUCUCGAAAUAGACGUGAUUUUUAAUGCUGUGAAGGCUGGCCUCCGAACACUGAUCCCCAUUGAGCAGAAAUACAUUGAGGAGGAACCCAGAGUGUCCAAGCAGCUCCUGUUGCAGAACUUCAACCGAGUUCGCCGCUGCAUCAUGUUUCUCAUCAACACAGGCUGCUACAUCAACAGCUGUUUUGAAUGGGAAUCUCCACAGAGAAGCAUCUGUGCAUUUGUGCUUUUUGUCAUCAUCGUAUGGAACUUUGAAAUCUAUAUGAUCCCCAUGGCACUGCUGCUACCCUUGGCCUGGAAUUACAUUCUGAUCGCAUCGGGGAAAGAUACCAGGCAAGACGUGCAAGCGGUGGAGGACCUGCUGGAGGACGAAGAUGAAGAGUUUGACAAAGAUGACAAGGAGCCUAAAGCUGACCCGUGGGAGGACAGCCGUGAUAAAAAUCAUAUUCUGGAGGAUAUGUUGGCCUCCUGGCACUUUGAGUGGAUCCGAGCCAUGGUGGACUCUGAGAGAAAAGGUUUCAUGAACAAGCUUUACGCCAUCCAGGAUGUGUGCAUCAGUGUGCAGAACGCCCUCGAUGAAGUGGCCUCGUACGGCGAAAGGAUAAAAAACACAUUUAACUGGACUGUGCCUUUCCUGAGUUGGCUGGCCAUUGUGGCUCUUGUAGUAGCCACCGUCAUCGUCUACUUCAUUCCACUGCGAUACAUAGUUCUAGCCUGGGGGGUGAAUAAAUUUACCAAGAAGUUGCGGGAUCCGUACACAAUAGAUAACAACGAGCUGCUAGACUUUCUCUCCAGAGUGCCCUCAGAUGUACAAGUGGUGCAGUACCGAGAGCUGAAAGUGGAUCCCAAUCCCAGCCCAAAUAAAAGGAAGAAAAACAACCCCGGGUAGAUGACUUUGUCCGCCCACCAUCUCCUCUCUUCUCCACUUUACUCUGCUCCAUCACUGGACACAUAGGAGCGCAGAAGACAGACCUUUUCAGCUCAACUAUUGUAAUGUGUUUCCAGUUAAGAAGUACUUCCAGUGACUGAACACUAUGAUGGAGAUUUACAUAAAAAGACAUUAAGUGUCUUGGACUCUAGUGUGAUCAUUUACAUUUGAAAGUUUCACUGGUGGAAAGACUCUUCAUCCAUGUGCUGGUUCUUCCAUCCAUCAGUCAGGACUUAACACUAUUUGUCAAACAAUGACUAUAAGAGGUUUUACAAGUUUUAAUAUCUGAACUUACUUUUCCAAAAUGACAUUUUAGUUCUGUUGUGUUCAUCAUAAAGUGAAGCCUUAUCCUUACAUUUAACAUAAUCAUAUUGCAACAGACAAUUUUCAAUAUUUAUUAAAUGCGUUUUUGGGAUGUGUUUAUACUUUUAAUUGUUUUUAUAUACUUCCAGCUUGAAUGUGGUAAUGAUGUUAUGUUCGCUGCCAGUAAUUUGAAUUGUCUCCACUUAACUCUGCCAGCCGAGCUGAUUAGCAAUUACAGAGGUAGCCUCCAGAUACUUUCUCUUCCACAAACAAAGUGGACAAACAAGCUGCAGGCUUGUGCUGCUGUCUGUGUUCAGAGAAGCUCUUUACGCAUGUUACUUCAGGAAAACGUCUUCCUGCUUCUUUGUCACACGUGCUUUACACAGUGGUGUUUCUGAUUUUACAGUAAGUCUCAAGUAAAUGCCUACAUAUUUGUGGUUGUAGCCAGAAGAUGGUGCAGUCAGAGAGAAGCCAAAGCAGAGCCAGUGUAAAGGUGUUAAUGUAGAUGUCAUACAGUCUAUGCAGAGAGGCCUGUAGGCAGCCAUAGCCCUAAUCGUGUUUGAAAGGCUGGUCUCCUUUCCUCUCAUCUCUCCUCCUUGUGUGUGCAUGUGUGUGUGUUUUAGCUCCAAUGGCCACACACUGCUCCAUCCAUUUACAGACAGAUGCACAAAGAAUGCACAGGCUAUGUUGUACUAGCACUCAGAUAAAACCAAACAUUCCAUUUGCUUUACUUUGUGUGGCUCUCAGGCACAUAGACACAUAAACAUGCUUUCUGUGAUGCUGUGCCCCGGGCUGGACGCUCUCUCCAUCUGCCCCACCUCAUGUGCCCACAGCUCAACUUUGAUCUGCCUCUCUCUCGCUCUCUCACUGGGGCCGGUGUAUGUAAACCACAGUGUGUGUACUGGAGCUGUGUUUGCACGUUUAUGCAAUCAAAGACAUGAUGCUCUCCUUAAUGUUGCUAUGUGUUACCAUUGUGUCCCCUGCAGCUGAAGCCUGAAGUGCAGAUCUAGUCUGUGUGUAUCAGCAUGUUCAAAUAUGUCUACAUAUGUCUGUGAUGUGGCAGUUAUUCAUGCAGCUGGGACAGGAAUUACCAUUCACUUAAACAAGAAGAGGCUUGGAGGUGACUAUGGACUCAAACGUCCUGCUACAAUUUU